AUCCCUUAGUCCACCUGUCUCCCUUUCGUAUUUCGUAUUUCCUACCAAACCGGCAAGUUCGGUAGCGCUAGUCGCAUUCGCUUCUUCUUCGAAAAAUCCAAACAGUCUUUUCAAAUUUGUUUCCUUCGUUCAUAUCCUUCCAGUCUACUCUCCACCCUUUACAAUCAAUCAAUCAGCCCAUAUCGGUCUAAAUCUUAAUACCAAACAAAGGAAGAAAAAUAAUGUUGUUCAAAACCGCCCUCCUAGCGAGCACCUUCGCCCUCCUCUCGAACGCUCAAUCCAGCGUAUCAAGCGACCCACCAACCCCAAGCGGGAGCGUAAAGCAGCACGUGAUCCAAGUUGGAGAUGCGGCCGGCACGCUAAAGUUCUUUCCAGAAGCCGUGACAGCCGUCCCCGGCGACAUGGUGCAAUUCCAAUUCUACCCCCAAGUAUGCUUUCCCUCCCUCCUUGCGCUCGGUAUGAGCAGAAAAUAAGGUUCUGACGGGAGGUAAAAAAAUAAAAUAAACAGAACCACUCGGUAGCCCAAGCCUCCUUCGACAAGCCCUGCGAGCCCCUCGCUCAGUCGAACGGUACGGCGGGUUUCUGGUCCGGCUUCAUGCCGGUGUCCGCGUCCAGCACGGUGAUGCCCAUCUUCUCCAUCCGCAUCAACGAUACCAGGCCGAUAUGGUUCUACUGCGCCACCGGCCGGCACUGUCAGGGCGGCAUGACGGGCGUUAUCAACCCGCCCGCAACGGGGGAUCGUACCGCCGCCUCGUUCAAAUCCGCCGCCUCGAAUGUCGCGCUGACCGGGGUUCCGGGCAGCGCUGCGGGUUCCGGGGGGUCGAAUUCGACUUCCGGGGCCGGAAGCGGAGGCGCAAGUGGAAGUGGUGGGAGUUCCGGUACUGGUCUUGGUAGCAUAAUCCCUGGGAACAAUACUAACGGUGGGGCAGUACCGAGCGUUACGCCAGCCCCCGGCGCCGCGAGCGAACUUCGUGUCUGGAAGGGGUGGGCCGUUGUGGUUGGUGGGAUUGUGGGGUUGCUGGUGCUA